AUGCAAACACGUUCAACAUUAGAUACAAGUUCAAAUAAUUUAUUUACAAAUAUUGAACGGUUAGGUACACGUGAUUUAUUAUCCUAUGGACAACUUUCAUAUGAUACUAUAUUAACAUCAAUCCAAAGUAAUAAUACAUUACCAUUUAUAUUACUUGAACAAAGAACUAAAGAAUAUAAUGAAUUAUAUAUAAAUUUAAUUAAACGUAAUUAUAAAUUAAUAACUAAAACUCAUGCAUAUGCAUCAUGUUUAUUUUUACUUGAAAGUCAUGAAGUUGAUUUAAAUUCAUAUGAUAUUUUAUUAUCAUUAAUUAAAGAUGAUAAUUUAACACAAAAAAUUAUAUCAAUUAGUCUUGAAAGACUUUUAAUAGUUGGUCAAUAUCCUAAAAAUGACAUAUGGCGUUUAUAUAAACAACAAGAAAUGAUUGAUAGUUCAUCAAUAAUAUCAUUAUCAGAUAAUAUUCUUAUUGCACUUGUUGCAGAAUUAUAUGAACGUACUAAACAAUUAUCAACAUUACCAUAUGAAGCUUUACUUUUAUUACGUCCAUUACCAUUAUUAUUUGCACAUAUUCGUUUAUCGGAUGAUUUAUAA